UUUACGGACUUUGUUUGCCAUCUAAAAGGUCUCUCCUUUUUCUCCAUGCCUUCGAAAUAAUGGAACCAAGCCUCUCCCAUGGCUUCCUUCUGUCUAAACUCCGUACCAGUCCCCCCACCUCAUCCUCGUAAACUCACUGAAGCUUCUUCCUCUUCUUUACUUCUUGAUGGUAACAACUAUACCCCAGCGGGGGCUUUGAAACCCAUAGUUGUCUACGGGAAUCCCCCGACUUUUGUCUCUGCUCCUGGUCGCCGAAUUGUGGCUGUCGGAGAUCUACAUGGAGAUCUUAGGCAAACUAGAUUUGCGCUUGAGAUGGCUGGUGUAUUAAGCUCUGACGGUCAAGACCUCUGGACUGGUGGAGAAACUGUGUUGGUUCAGCUUGGAGAUGUACUAGACCGAGGUGAGGAUGAAAUUGCCAUCUUAUCUUUGCUGCGAUCAUUGGACAAACAAGCGAAAGCUAAAGGUGGAGCUGUGUUUCAGGUAAAUGGAAACCAUGAGACUAUGAAUGUGGAAGGGGAUUUCAGAUAUGUUGAAUCUGGGGGAUUUGAUGAGUGCAAUGAUUUUCUGGAGUACAUGCAUGAUUCAGAUGAUGACUGGGAAGAGACAUUUGCUGGCUGGAUAGAUGUCGCUGAAAGAUGGAAAGAAGAUCAGAGGAUUUCAAGGAAUUAUUGGGGUCCCUGGAAUUUAGUGAAGAGGCAAAAAGGAGUCAUUGCCAGAUCAAUCCUUUUUAGGCCUGGCGGUUCAUUGGCACAUGAGUUAGCAAGGCAUCCUGUUGUACUCAAGGUCAAUGACUGGGUUUUCUGUCAUGGCGGGCUUCUUCCUCACCAUGUUGAAUAUGGCGUGGAGAGGAUGAAUAAAGAAGUAUCUGACUGGAUGAAAGGUCUGAGUGAGAGUGAUGACAGUCCCAAAGUCCCUUUCAUAGCCACUAGAGGCUAUGACAGUGUUGUUUGGAAUCGUUUAUAUUCAAGAGAUCCAUCAGACUUGGUGGACUUUAAGACUAAACAGGUAUAUUCGAUUCUCGAAGAGACACUACAAGCAUUUGAUGCUAAGGCCAUGGUUGUUGGGCAUACUCCUCAAACUAUGGGUGUAAAUUGUAAAUACAAUUGUAGCAUAUGGCGUGUGGAUGUUGGAAUGUCUAGUGGAGUUCUUAAUUCGAGACCAGAGGAAAGCAUUGAAUCUCUUAUGGGAAGUGACUCCCUUUGAUGCACGGGGACCGUCUAAAUUUGGUCAAUUAUGUCACUUGCUUUCGAGCCAUAAUAAUACCUGUUUGUGCCUCUUUCAAUCAGUUCUCAUUUGAAUUAAUGUAAUAGUUCAUGGGAUUCAUAUAUGAAUUUGUUUUUCCCAGGUUCUGGAAAUUAGAGACAAUAAAGCAAGAGUUAUUAGGAGCAAAAGGGAUACAUACAGCGAACUUCAGGUUCUUGAAUAUAUUUAGAGACAAAUGAUUGUCGACCAGGUAGGACAAAUUUCAAGCAGUUUGCCUCUUGCUUGUUCUGUCAUAGUAUCAAAUUGGAAAUAUGGAAGUAAUGUUGCUACAAUAUCUUCUUCUUCUUGUUUGCAAAAGUUGAAAUUUCUAAAGCAGAGUGAUCUGUGAAGCACGGCAUCAUUUUCAGUCAGUAAUACUUGGAAAAGGAACAGAAAGAAUUUAUGAAGUGACUUGAACAUUUUUUGCCACUCCAUAAAAUUUUUUUAGUGUUCUAUGGAUGGGCUGUGUUCUGCAUUGUGGAAAUCCAAUGUCAUAGUGGUCGGAUUCUCGAGGUUCCUCCCCACUCCCUGUAAGGACAACGUAAUCCCAGUCUUCAUGUUGGGUCACACUAAUACUAAUCUAAUCCUCAUGCCGAUGCAACUUGGUGGAGCAUUAUAAUGCAGAGGCAUUUCAAUUUGAUAAUGCAACAACGGUCAUGAUGAUAAUGAUGAUUGUCAUUGCUCUUCCAUGCAAUCUUGAUUCUUUAUUUCUUACCGUGUAUCUGCGGGAAGUGCUGGUCUCCUGGUAGUUCCAACAGUGGUAAAUUUAUCAGCUGUUGAUUUGCUGAGCA